AUGGCUUCUGGAUAUGCUUCCCCGCCCGCGCAAGAAGGCGGAGCUCCACUGCCCCACCCUUACCUUCACGAACCUUUGCUCUACGUUUCCAAUCUCCCUCCCUACGCCACGGAUGAAAAUGUUGCUAUGACUUUCCAGUCGUGUGCUCCCUUCAGACCAACUAUCCCACGCGACGGCAGCAAUCGCCCUCUUAGUGGAACCAUCGAGUUCAAGUUCCUCGAGAAAGCUGAAAAGGCACUCGCCACCCUACAAUCACGUCCCAUCCAAGGACUUCAACCCCCCGUGCUCUUGGUCCUCUCACCAUAUCCACCGACCAAUCCUCCUACACCCCUUCACACAACUGCUUCUCCACGGCUUGUCAAACAUCUUCCUAUAGGCUACACGGAUUCUCAACUUUACGAUCUGUUCCGACCAUUUGGUGCUAUUGCGUCCGUUCGGAUGCAAACUGGUUACGGUAGCGACACUGGUGUCGUAGAGUUCUGGCGAGAAGAGGAUGCACGUGUCGCAGAGGAGGCUAUGCACUGCUUCGACGUCGAAGGCCAAAAUAUUGCUGUAACUGUAUAUCAGAACAGGAGAUCCAGUGGAGGACCGACAGAAUUCAGCGCUCACGCACCUGCUUUUGUGCCGUCAGGCUCCGUUUAUCCAUACCCAACACAGUAUUCCCCGCCUCGCGCAACUCCGUACGGGGCAAGAAGCUCGGUCUUUAUUCAUGGACCAGGCCAGCAGGUUCAAUUAGCUCCUUUGUCCGGCCCUGGCUCCAAUAGCCACAGUGGCUUGAUUGACCCUUGUAACCUUUUCUGCAAGAACCUCGAUCCCGAGAUCGAUUCGAACCAGCUCUUUACUCACUUUCGUCAGUUCGGCCAGAUUGUUAGUGCUCGUGUAAUGCGUAAUGAGGCCGGUGAUAGCCGUGGAUUCGGCUUUGUUUCGUACCAAACACCGGAGCAAGCCGCGGCUGCUAUGCAUGCCAUGAACGGUGCCGUCCUGGGUUCUAAACAGAUUGUUGUCAGACUCCAUGAACCCAAGCAAUUACGACAGGAAAAACUAGCGCAACGCUUUCGUGGGGCAACGAGUCCAACCGCUAGUGAGACUGGUGAAAGUUAUGUCGGCUUCUCUAGUCCCCGUCACUCUGUGCUCGGGUCCCCUAUUAUUGGGCAUGAUCGUCCGGACAGAGGCAGGAGAGGCUCUGGCAGUUAUUACAACGCUGCCCUCUCUGGAACUUUGAACCUCCCAAUGCGUUACGAUGAUUUGGCGGCUCUUUCACCUGUUGUAAGAAAGGAGGUGCUCACGGGUGAAUUGAGCAGACGCCUCAAAGCGAGCGAUUCGCUACCGGCCGAUGAAGUAGACGCUGUCGUCGAGUCAUUGGUUGGCCUCUCUCUCAGCGAGGUGGUUGCUGGUAUCCACGAUCCUGCCAAGCUUGUAGAUCAAAUUGCGAAUGCUCGCAAUGCCCUAUGGAAGUCGAAGUCACCGUCUCCCGCUAAAUCGCCAUCCCCGGCAGCUUCCCAGGAUUCUCGCGUUUUGGAUGCAAAUGCUCUUAAUGCGACGGCAUCCGCUCCGGAGCAUCCAUCGACUCCAAUUUCUGUCUCCGCGUCCAUCUCAACCCCGCCCCGUACAUCUUCACCGUCGGGCUCUGUACCACCCAUCUCCGAGAAGGAUCGUAUGGCUGCUGCUGUAGCCAAGCUUGAGCCAUCCAGACAAGCCGAACUUACCGAACUUCUCAUGAGUUUGCCUAAGCGUGAGCGCGCCAUGUGCCUCUUCAAUGUUGAGAUCCUUAGAGCCAAGGUUGCUGACGCGAAAAUGGUCCUCGACUGUUCCGAGGGAGAGGAAGAACCACCGCAACAGCCGAAGGCCGAGCCCACGCCAGCAGUCCCUGAAGUACCUGUUACACCACAAGCGAAGAAGACCACAACUUCGGCCCUCGAAGAUUCUCCACAUACCCCAGCGCUAUCCUCACGUGGGCCAUCAGCAGCUUCCUCUCCAGCACCAGCCACACCAGCCUCGUCUACACAUACAAUCGCAUCUCUGGCCCGCCUUCCCGCGAUCGAUAUUAUCAAGCUGGCAAACUCGCCCUCGGCCACCGGUCUGCCAUUACCAAAACCUGACCCUUUGGUUGUAAAAGCAACCGAUGAGUUUAUUGAUGGCCUAUUAGACAAACCCAUACAGACCCAGAAGCAAAUGCUUGGUGAUAAAUUGUGGAGAGCGAUUAAGUCAUUCGGGAUCAAAGGAGCUCCUAAACUCACCAUUGCCCUCUUGGAUCAAGAAGAUCUGCGUGCCCUCGCACAUCUUAUGAACAGCUACCCUUCCAUCCUUAAAGAAAGGGUUUUACUCCAAGCCUCGCAAGUUGGUGGCAAGUAA